AUGCAUGCAGCACGAAGCAGCAGCAGCGGCAGCAGCAGCAGCAGCAGCAGUAGCAGUUGCUGCUACUGCAGGAACAGCAGCUGCAGCAGCAACAGCCCGUGCUCCGGCUGCAUAGAGCAGCAGCAGAAGCAGAAGCAGCAGCAAGAAAAGGAGCAGCAGCAGCAGCAGCAAGAACAGCAACAGCUGCAGCAGCAAAGACAGCAGCAGCAGCAGGAGCAGCAGCAGAAAGCAAUAGAGGCAUGGGCAGCAGCAGCAGAAAGAAGACAAUCUGCUGCUGCAGCAAAAGCCACCUUUUGCUGCUGGAGACAAUGGACACAGAAGACCCAAAAAGCAAAAAAAAUAUUUGCUGUCUACACUUCGUUAAAGACCCGGCAGUCGAAUUUGCUGCUGCUGCAGCAGCUGUGGAUGCAGUGGCGCAGCACUGCAGCAGCAGCAGCAGCAGCGGCGCAGCAGCAGCAGCAGCAGCAGCAGCAACUCAAGCAGCUGCUGCUGCUGCUGCAGGCCAAAGAAGAAAAGAUUAAAAUGCAUGCGCUUAGCCGUCUCUCUGUCCAUACACUCUGCUGCUGCCUGCAGCAGCGCCAAAAGGAAGCAGCAGCAAAUUUGUUUUUUAACUUAAAACAAAACAAAAAUAAAAUGCAUGCAUUUGGAGCUUGGCGGCGCAUCUGUGGGGCCCCAGCUAAGCUGCGUGGUGCUGCUGCUGCGCUGCUGCUGCUGCUGGUGCAGCAGCAGCAGCAGCUGGUGUUGCGCAGGGCCUUCCGGCAGCUGCAGCAGGCCACGCAGCAGCAAAAGCAGCAGCAGCAUAGUCGGCAGCAGCAGCUGCAGCGGCAGGAGCAGCAGCAGCAGCUGCUGACGCUGCUGCAGCGGCAGAAGCAGCAGCAGCAGCUGCUGCAGCAGCGGCUGCAGCAGCAGCACGAACAGCAGCAACUGCGUACUGCCUUUGCCUCUCUUCGCAUAUAUGCUUUAUUUAAAAGCGCAGCUGAGGCACGCCAGGCAAGUUUGCUGCUGCAGCAGCAGCUGCAGCUGCAGCAGCAGCAGAUACUACAGCAGCAGCAGAUACUGCAGCAGCAGCAGCAGGCGCAGCAGCAAGAGCAAAAGCAGCAGAUGCUACAACAGCAACACGGCAAUGGCCAGCACCAGCAAAGGGAACAGCAGCAGCAGCAGGAGCAGCAGCAGUUGCAGCAGCAGCAGCAGCAGCAGGUGGAGCCGGAGCAGCAAGAGCAGCAGCAGCAGCAAGUCAGUAGUGAUGAUAUAAGUGAGGCUGAUGAACUGGAUUAUAUCGAUCUUAUAAAUGGCUUUGGUGCUGCACACCUAGAUGCAACCCAUAAACAGCAGCAGCAGCAGCAGCAGCAGCGUCUGAAGCUGCAGCAGCAGCAGCGACAACAGCUGGAGCAGCAGCUGCAGCAGCAGCAAGAGCAGCUGCAGCAAGAGCAGCUGCAGCAACAGCUGCGAAUGCAGCAUCAACACAAGCAGCUACAGCAGCAGCAGGAGCAACAGCAGCUGCAGAUGCAGCAGCAGCAACAGCAGCAACAGCAGCAACAGCAGCACUGCCGAAGCAAGGAGCCCCGGAAGAGCCAAUGUCUGCAGCAGCACGCGCUGCACCUGCAGCAGCACCUCAUGCUGUGUCACGCCCAGGCGUUCUUGCAGCAGCGACAACCUCAAGAAGGAGCUGCAGCAACAAGACCAGCUGCUGCUGCUGCUGCCUCGCGCUGCUGCGGCAGCAGCAAACAAACAAACUCUGACCCCAGCAGCAGCAGCAGCAGCAGCAAAGAGGGGGACUAA